AAAGGUGUCAUAAAUCGUGAAAUGGAAGGAAAUAUUUCACCAGGUCCAAUUGUGAGUGCAUUGACAAACAAAUUUGGCUGUCGGCCGAUAGUCAUCGCAGGAAGUUUGGUGGCAACAGCAGGCUUUGUCCUAGCCACUCUCUCGCCAAAUAUUGAUGUCUUGAUCGUUACGUAUGGGGUCAUUGGAGGUUGUGGUCUGGGCAUGAUUUACCUGCCUUGUAUAGUCAGUGUCGGAUACUACUUCGACACCAAGAGGGCCUUCGCCACAGGACUGGCUGUGUGUGGGUCAGGGCUGGGUACCUUCAUCUUUCCGCCCCUGAGUGAGUUUCUACUGUCGGAGUACAGUUGGCAAGGGGGCCUCCUGAUCAUUGCUGCCAUUAUGUUUCAGGGAUGUGUGUGUGGGACUCUAAUGCGACCGCUAGAAGCAAAGACAUCGGUUCCUCAACCCAGUAAAGAACCGAGAGCUAAAAACAUCUUUGACAGAGUUAAAGAAUCUGCAUAUUUGAGGAACAGGUCCGUUUCUGAGUGCGGUGACGGCUCAGCAUCUGCAGGCGAUCCCCAAACAAUCCAGGAAAGGGUUCUUGCAGCCAAAAUACUGAGAGAGAAACGGCUUUGGGACCCUCACUCCAUAUCAGAACAACAGUCUAGUUUUCUAACGGUCAAACAAGAAAGAGGAGAAUCAGCGAACAGCAAAACUGAAGGUGAAGAUACCACGAACGUCAAACUCGGGGGGCACAUUGCAGCUUUUGGUGAUGUCAAGAAAUCCAACCAGAACUUUCCCAAUGGAGACUCUCAGUCAACGAUCACAGAAAUUCUACCUCUGUUGGAGGUAUCGGCUCCAGUCGUGCGUAACAUAGCACUGCCCACAGACAGCCUGAAGUCUUUACACAUCUCCAAGGAAGAUCUGGCCCGUCCGCUUUACCGCAAAGACAUCUUCUACAGCGGAAGUGUCCUAAACAUCCCACAAUUCCACUCGCAGCCAGACAUGAAGAGCUACAUUGCCAGCAUAACUAUGAUCCCCAGAGAGAGGGGUGUUCAACGGUUCUUCAGCUGUCUGCCCACACCUGUCCAGGACGUGCUGGCGGAGAUGAUGGACGUGUCUUUGUUUAAAGAUGUUGGGUUUAUGAUGAUCUGUUUGGGGAACUUUACCGCGUUUCUAGGCAUGUAUGUUCCAUUUAUGUUCUUGGUGGACCGGACAGCCUCACAAGGGGUGGAUCGAUCACUGGCUGCCUUCCUGAUCUCCGUCAUUGGUAUAUCAAACACUGCAGGGCGAGUGGUCAUCGGUAAAGUGGCUGACCUCCACAUCGUAGACAGCCUGGUCAUCACAUAUGUUGCUGUGGCUAUUAUGGGAAUAGCGACUGGACUUGUCCCCUUCUGCAACACUUAUCCGCUCCUGGCUACGGUUGCUGCUAUCUUUGGUUUGGGAAUGGCUGCCUUUAUCGCCUUGUCGUCAAUCGUUAUAUGUGACAGAAUGGGAGUUGAGAAACUGACAAACGCCUUUGGUCUUCUGACGUUAGUGCGAGGCACUGCAGCCAUACUUGGUCCACCGUUGGCAGGAUUCAUGUUUGAUACAUCUGGAUCCUACGACAUGUCAUUCUUCAUGGGAGGACUCAUGUUGCUGGCUGGUUCUGGUUGCCUGGUUCUUCUCCACCUGCCCGUUUUCAAGAGCAGCCUCGAAACUCAUACCAUUGUAGAACAAGAAAUUAAAGUCGAGGAGGCUCCAAAGAUCAGCAUUUCCAGACCUGAAAUUGUCACAGCCGAACAAAUUCCUGCAUUUAUUAUUAAAAAAUAA